AUGAUUAUAAAAACAUCAUGCCCGAAUUUCGAGCCUGAAAAUUUUGAAAUUCUCGAUUUUUAUAAUAUUAACACAGUUUUUGUUUGGAAAAAUGAUCAGUUCGCAUAUUUUCCACUAACAACUCUGACGUCAGCGGCAAAUUCGGUGGCGGGAAAUUUAAAAUUAAUAAAAGCGCCAAGUGGAAUUAAAAAAUUAAAAAGCUACAAAGAAAGAGUGUUUUUUAUUUGUGAACCUCGAGGUAUUUAUAAAUUUGUAAUUAAUAAUAAUAUUGAAACAUUUAGAAUAGUUAGUUCUACUGGAGUUGAAAUAGCCGAGGAAUUUUACAAAAAUUUAUGCAUUAAGGACAAUUUUUUGUGGUUGCAAAAUAAACAGGAAAAAUAUUCAAAUGAAUUAUUUUUUCUGAAUCAAUCGAGUAUCGAUAUCGAUCAAUCGAUAAAAAUCGAUCAAUCGAACUCGAAAAAUUUCGAUCAAUCGAAUUUUGAACUUUCACUAAAUAUCUCGACCUCAACACAAAAUUUCGAUAUAUCGAAUUCAAGAAUCGAUAUAUCGAAUUCGAGAAUCGAUAUUAAUUCGAUAAAAAUAAAUUUAAAUGAAGCGGGAAAUUUGAAAAAAUUAAUAACAGAUAAAGAUAUAUGCUUAAUAGCAAACAAUUAUUUACUCUAUAAAUUUAUCGAUAAUAAAACGGAAUUAAUUUACGAAUCAACUUAUAAAUUAACGGAUUUUGUGGUAAUAAGAAAUAAAAAUAAUAAAAUAAUAUAUUUAUUAUUAAAAACAUCAAACAAAAAAUUGUUGAUAUUAAUAACAGAAAAUUUGGAUUUUAAAAAAAUAUUCUUCAAUUGCGAGAUUAAUAAUUGCGUUGGAUUUAUUGAAGAAAAUGAAGACUAUAUUAAUUUAAUAAUUGGAGGGGAUAAAAUAUAUUUUGUUACUUUGAAGGUUAGUACAGGUGGCGUUACUUACCACAGUUACUUAAACGAAGCGCUGAAGGCUCUUAGGAUUGUAGAGAAUAAAGUUUGGGGGUUAAAAGCCGCAGGGGAAAUGGCGGAGAUUGCGCAAGAGUUCAAUAAGAUGGCGGACCAAGAUGGCGACGAGUUUUUUGAACUAAGAAGCAGUAUGUGCAGCGGAACUUCGGUUAUUGUUGAUAAUAUUUGUGAUUUGUCGAAGGAAUUGAAGGUUAAGAAUGAAAAGUUGCUUAUUGAGCAGGAUAAAUUGAAGAGAAUAAAUAUUUAUGCGCACAAAAGUAAAUUAUUGGGGAUAAAGAAGAUUUGGGUUGAAAGGACGAGUAGUUUCAUUUUUUUAAAAGCGAGUUUUGAAGGAACUUUACCGAGAGAUUGUUGGAUCCGCGUUGGGGUUAGUUGUAAGGAACAAGAAUUUUUUACCAUGCAAAAAGUUGAAGAUGGAAAAAUUGCAGCGGAACUUCCGCUGCCGCUUGAAUUCUUUGACAGCACCGCGGAAAUUUGUUUAGAUCUUGUUACUUUGGUUGAAGAGGAUAAGCCCUGGUUUGUUGUGAAGGAUUGCGAGAAGAAAGCUUCUGCUAAGGAGAAGGAGACUCUGAGGAGUUUGAUGGAGAAGAAGAGGAAUUUUUUGAAUACUAAGCUUGGCGUUCUGAGGACUGGAGAUGGUGAUGAAGAUCGUUUUAAGAAGAUUUGUUAUGUAAAGAAGAGUUUGAGAAGAGAAAUUCCAGAUUUUUGAAAAUUUUUAAUUACAUGAAGAAAUUACCUUGUUUCUUGGGAACUAUUGACAUUUUCAAAGAAA